AUGUUUCCUUCCAAGCAAUUGGAUAUCUGUAAACCUGAAGAUGAUGAUCGUUCUUCCAAGCUUGAGGAACUCAGAAAAGAUGAACAGGAACCAUGUCUCAGUGGUGACUCGGAAGAUUUACAGAGUGUUUCUAUCGAUGUUGCCUCUCAACCUGAUCAAACUAUCGUAAAGGGGACACCUGUCCAAUCGAACAACUAUGAGAAAGGUUCGCCCAUUGUGUCUGUUGGGAUUCUUAAAGAUAGUGCACCAAAAUCCGCUGAGUUGAAAGGCCAAAAACUCUCGACAAAUGCAAAAAUUCGGCUAGCUGGACAGUGGUUUAUCGAUACUCAUUCUUCAGAAAAUGAUAAAAUAUCCGAAGCUAGUCAACUUUCACUCUCUGGGCUAUCGGAUGAUGAAGCUAAAGACAUCAAACUUCUGCUUACUCUUCUUGAUUCCGCUGAGAAAACAGGUCAACGGCAGUUUGACCAUGCAACCAAACUCAUUGAAUCAUGCAAUUACACUUCUUCAGCCGAAGGAAAUGCCAUCGAAAGAUUAGUUUACUACUUUUCUGAAGCAAUCCGUGAGAAAAUAAACCGUGAAACUGGAACAGCCGCUCACGAUAGACUUGAUAAGUUUCAUAUGUUUGAUGUUCAAGAAGCGUUAAUGAGCGUUGAUGCAAGCAUUACAUCAUUUCAUCACAGGCAUCCAUUAUCGCGUAUUUGCCAAAUUAGUGUGGUUGAUACGAUAAUCGAAAACGUAAAAAAAGCAAGAAAAAUCCAUGUAAUCGAUCUCCAAAUCAGGAAUGGUAUGAAAUAUAUAGCUAUGUUGCAAGCUCUUGCCACUCAGUACAACAGGCAUCUUGAACAUGUCAAGAUUACUGCUAUCGGUACAACAGCCGAAUCAAAGAUAAAAGAUACCGGAAGGCGUCUUGAUGAUUUUGCAAAGUCGAUGAACAUCCCGUUUACUUUCAAGAUUGUUAUGGUAGCUGACGUGUUAGAUCUCAACAUAGAUCUUCUCGAACUCAAUGAUGAUGAAGAGGUUGCAGUCUAUGCGCCAGUCUUUUUAUCAGGCCUAAUCGUGAAACCAAACGAUCUUGAAUAUCUAAUGGGUGUGAUACGAAAGAUUAAUCCUUGUAUAACAGUGAUUGCUGAAAUUGAAGCAAACCAUACUUCACCUGCCUUUUCUCAUCGUUUUAUUGAAGCGCUUUUCUUCUAUGGUGCACUUUUCGACAGCAUGUCUUAUUGUUUAGCCAACGAUGAUCCAAGCAGAAGGGUUUCAGAGUCUGUAUUUUUAGGUCAAACUAUACGCAAUAUUGUGGCAGCUGAUGGAGACGAGCGCACGAUUCGACAUAUUAGUGUUGAUGUUUGGAGGACGUAUUUUGCACGAUUUGGAAUGGUGGAGAUUGAACUGAGCACCGAGUCGUUAUCUGAAGCGAAAUUGUUGAUUGACAGCCUUGACUGUGAGAGUUGUUGUUCGAUUCGUGUUCAUGGUAGGUGUUUGCUCAUUGAUUGGAAAGACAUACCAAUCUUUUCUGUUUCUGCUUGGAAGUUUGUAUAA